GAAAUGUUUUAUUCAACAAAUACUCCCAGCCCAAUAUUACAUGACCUUUUUAUAUGCUGAGAUCAAAAGUAACAGCAGGACAAUGCUUCAUUUGAAUUACAUGUAGUUUUCACAUACCCCCUUCUUCGCACCCACACUCCAGACACCCAAAUCAAAUGUUUUUGUAACUGUUCUUGAACCUGGUGGUGCGAGUCCCAAGGCUCUUGUACCUUCUGCCUGAUGCCAAGUCUCUGGAUGCUCUCAAGAAAGAGAUGGAUAGAGCUCUUAAAGAUAGCGGAAUCAAAGGUUAUGGGGAUAAGGCAGGAACUGGAUACUGAUUGUGGAUGAUCAGCCAUGAUCACAGAGAAUGGCGGUGCUGGCUCGAAGGGCCGAAUGGCCUACUCCUGCACCUAUUGUCUAUUGUAGUGCAGAUUGUGUCUCACAUAAGUGGCAUUUAAUUAAAGGGUUAAAAAAAUUAAUCACGUGGAACUUUCUAUCCGCUUCCCUCUUCCAGAGGUUUGAAGAGUUCAGCAGAAGCCGUGGCGCUGCCCGGUCCUCCCGCCAGACGUGGCGCCGCCCGGUCCUCCCGCCAGGCGUGGCGCUGCCCGGUCCUCCCGCCAGGCGUGGCGCUGCCCGGUCCUCCCGCCAGCCGUGGUGCUACUCGGUCCUCCCGCCAGCCGUGGCGCCGCCCGGUCCUCCCACCUGCCGCGGUGCUACUCGGAGUCCCCGCCUCCCAGAGGGUCCACUCUUGCUCAGUCCGCUCACUCCUCUGCGCGGGGAUGAGGGAUGGCGGCGGCAGUGCUGAGCCACCGGCUAGGACUGUACUCCAGGCGAACGAUGCGAGGCUACCAGGUCUUGGCGCCACUCUGCUGCCAGGCACAUUCCCACCCUUCGAAGCCAAAGCACGUUCACUGGAUGCAGCGUGGCCUGCUGAAACUCUACGAACGUUUUUAUGAUGUUGAAAACCUUUUCAAUUGGAGCAUGGCCUUGAGAAACUGGAACCUGAGGAGGAAAAAUGCGUACUACGGGUACACCCAGAAAACAUACGGCAUUUACAUCGCAGCGGCCUACUACAUCUUGAGCCAGCAAGGAGCUGUACGCUUUGCAGGGAAGGACGAAUGGAUAAGGCCAAACAAAAAGGGAAAGUUCAGCUGGGACUUCCUCAACUUCAAAGAGGUCCCAUUGGAAGCGGUAGACGCCAGCGGCUGCUCGAUAACCUACGACGGAUUGGAGAACUUGGUGGGCUUGAAGGAGCUGAAGCACCUGCAUCUCAACAACUGCCCCUACAUUGAUGACUGGUGCCUGAGCCGCCUGCAUGUGUUUGGAGAGUCGCUCGAAGAGCUGGGGCUGGCAGGUUGCCCCAGGAUCACGGAGAGAGGUCUGGCCUCGCUGCAUCAUCUGAAGAACCUCAAGCGCCUGGACCUGUCGGACCUUCCCUUCGUGAACAACCGAGGACUGGUGAGGAUCCUGCUGGAGGAGAGCCUCCCGCAGUGUGUAAUUGUGGGGAUCGAGUACGAAGACGGAUUGUUACCACAGCCCCUUCCCGAACAGAAUGGUCCCACUCCGCGUUUAAACAAGCAAAAGGGUUGGAGCGACCUUUUUUGACCGACACCCAACAGACUUCACACAUCUUGCAGAGGUUUCAACGUCUCCCUGGUCUGUUCCCCAGCACCAUCAGCCUAUUCUCAAACCAGCCACCAGAGGGCAGAGCAGGAUCAGUCAGUGGUAACUUUGUUCUUUUAACUGAAUUAACCAGGUUGGUGAAGACCGACCUCAAAUCUGUGCUCCAGCCUUUAAUCACAGAAGAACUUAUUGUAGUGCUGACCUUAAUCAAUCUUAACUUAAUCAAUUUCUUCCCUAAUUAUGCUUUUGCCUCAGUUUAAGUCCAAUCACUCGUUUCAGAUAUCGAAAGUUGUUUAUUAAAGUUUAAAAUUUUCUUAAAAAUUAGCUUUAUUUGUCACCUGCACAUCGAAACAGUGAAGUGCAUCGUUCUGCGUCAACAACCAACACAGUCUAAGGAUCGUGCUGGAGGGCGCCAACGUAGCAUGCCCACAACUCACUAACCCCAACCCUAACCGUACAUCUUUGGGCUGUGGGAGGAAACAGGAGCACCCGGAGGAAACCCACGCGGUCACGGGGACGGCGUACAAACUCAGAAUCGGACUCAGGUUUAAUACCGCAGGCAGAAUGUCGUGAAAUUUGUGGUCUGUGCGGCAACAGUGCAAUCGAAUAAAUAAUAAUAGGAAAAAAUCCUGAACUGCUGUAAAUAUAUAAUAUCAUUAAAUUAAAUAAGUAGUGCAAAAAUAAAUAUAAAAAAGUAGUGAGGUAGUGUUCAUGGGUUCAAUGUUCAUUUAGGAAUCGGAUGGCAGAGGGGACGAAUUGAAUUGAAAUGACUUUAUUUCUUACAUCCUUCAUAUACAUGAGUAAAAAUCUUUACGUUACGUCUCCGUCUAAAUGUGCAAUGUGCAAUUUAUAGUAAUUUGUAAUAAAUGGUAUGUACAACAGGACAGUCAAUAUAGCUUAGAAAUA